UCGAUCUGCAGCGCUCGCUCUGACGUCCAUCCUCAACAACCGUGGCGGGUUCUUGCCAUCUUCUGACAUUCAUAUCAGUACUCGUCAUUGCUCAUAUGCAUUACCUCCAUCCGGCCACUGCCUGCGCUAGGCCAUGAUAUUGAGAACGACAGCCAAGUACACCUGGAACACUAUGCCCAAACGUGCGUUAGCUUCACCGUCGUCCAGCCCAACGAAGAAGAAAGUCAAGGUCACCGGACAGCAAUAUAGUCUUGACCAAUUCUUCGGGGGGUCCUCAUCUUCGCCCGGACCAUCCCGUACGCUGCCCAACAGUCCCUCGAAAGGAAAAGCCAAGGCUACCGUGACUUCGCAGACAUCUCAACUGUCGAACGCUGAUGAACAGCGGCGUCAUACAUCUACAGCUCGUGGCACUAGCCCUAUUGUCCAUGACUCCGACGCCACCUUUGCAUGGAGCCUCGCGGAAGAAGAUGGCCUUGACCUUGAUAAGCUGACGGAGCUCGAGGAGUCUGCGAAGCGCAAGUUGACCCAGCGACCGCCACGACCUCCGGUAGAAAUCAUAGACGUAGACAGCCUGAGCGACCAAGAGACCCUUGCUGCGCCUGGACCGUCCAUCGCCGGACCCUCUAACACAAGGGACAACGUCGACCUGGCUGGUCCCCAAAACCCGGGUCAUCAGACUGAGGCCGCAUCAAGCGCUGCAGUUUGCCCGACUCCCGUCCUAGGUGGUUCUCAUCAGGAUCCAUCAGCGGACCCAGUCUACGGACGUCUAGACGUAGACCCUGUGUCUUAUGUGGUCCUUGACAACAUCUGGCCGUCUGGCCGGCUAGUGCCGUACUCUUUCCUUGCUCAUACGCUGGCUACUCUAUCGGGGACUCGGUCCCGCAUUGUAAUACUGAAUACGUUGACCAACUGUCUGCGGACCAUCACGAAACACCAUCCACAGUCCCUACUCCCCACGCUCUACCUCCUGUCGAAUUCGCUCUCACCCCCGUAUUCUCCGCUCGAGCUCGGACUCGGUGGCUCGACUAUAUCCAAGGCGAUCCAACAUGUCUCAGGUCUGUCAGCCUCCGCGCUGAAGCGGCUGUACAAUUCCACGGGAGAUCCGGGAGAUGUUGCGUUCGAGGCCAAGUCAAAUGUGCGGACACUCAUACCCCAUCCCCCUCUUCUAGUUACCGGAGUCUACGAGUCCCUCUUGAAGAUCGCUCGCGCGAAGGGGCAGGGAGCCGCUAAGCAGAAGCAGAGCAUCGUCGAGAAACUCCUUGUCGCUGCGAAAGGAGAGGAGACCCGCUUUCUUGUCCGGACGCUAUGUCAAAAUCUACGUGUCGGCGCCGUGCGGACGUCGCUCCUGACGGCGCUCGCCCGCGCAAUGGCACUGACACCGCCGCCUGGCGUCGUUUCAGCAGACUCCAAUACCUCGUACUACGUGACAACGAAACAGCUGGCGCAGCUCGAUCAGUCCGCUGCCACUUCGAAGAAGAAGGUGGCAGAUCCGGCGAGAGACAGCAUCAACGCAGCAUACACUCAGGCUGAAGGGUUGCUGAAGAGAGUUUACGUCCAGCAUCCAAACUACGAUGACAUCGUGAAGACACUACUCGAUGUCGGCUUGGACGGGCUCGCCUCCCGAGUCCCUCUGUCGGUCGGCAUACCUCUUCUACCGACUUUGGGGUCCCCUACGCGCUCACUCGACGAGAUCUACGACAGGCUGGGCUUCUUGCCAUUCACCGCAGAGUUCAAAUAUGACGGUCAGCGCGCCCAGAUACACGCGUGGAGGGAAAGUGGACGAAUAUCGGUGAAGAUCUUCUCCCGACAUCUCGAAGAUAUGACGGACAAGUACCCCGAUAUCAUCUCGCUCAUCGAGCAUAUGUUUGAAGCGGCUAAGACCACGCAUUCAUUUAUCUUGGACUCGGAGAUCGUGGCGAUAGACCCUACGGAUGGACGCCUGAAGUCCUUCCAAGAGUUGUCAAAUCGGGCGCGCAAGGACGUCAGGAUCGAAGACGUGAAGGUCGCAGUUUGCGUGUAUGCUUUCGACAUCAUGUACCUUGACGGCGAGAUCCUGCUUCAGAAACCGUUCCGCGAACGCCGAGCGCUAUUGCGUACAAGGUUUCCGUCAUACGUCCCUGAGCGCAGAGAUGCGGCAAGGUUCAAUCACGUCCAGAGCUGCGAAAGUGAAGACGGUCGUGACACCGUCGAGGAGUUCUGGCAGGCUGCGGUGGCAAGCUCAUGCGAGGGGCUCAUGAUCAAACUCCUAGACAGCGGAGAGGUGCUAGAAGAAGUGAGCCAGAAGGAAAGGCCCCGGCGAAAGCCCCUCCCUGCUACAUAUGAGCCUGACAAACGGACAUCCGCAUGGUUGAAGCUGAAAAAGGAUUACGUGACCGGCCUCGGGGACAGCCUCGAUCUUGUGCCCAUCGGGGCAUGGCACGGCAAUGGCAGGAAAGCUCAGUGGUGGAGUCCUAUCUUGCUCGCUGUAUGGGACGCCGACGCAGGGAAGCUUGUAGCUGUAUGCAAAUGCAUGUCGGGAUUCACGGACGUAUUUUACAAGAGUCUGAAAGAGCGCUAUCCGGAGCACUCGGAGACGUGCUCGCCACAGCCUUUAUGGGAACCAGCGUGCGAGACGGGAGGACUGAAACCAGAAGUCUAUUUCAAACCGCAGGAGGUCUGGGAAAUUCGUGGUGCUGACAUCACGAUUAGCCCCGUCUCCGUGGCAGCCCUCGGUCUCGUGAACUCUAACAGGGGGCUGAGUCUCCGGUUCCCUCGUUUCAUCCGUGUACGAGAAGACAAAGCCAUAGAGAACGCCAGUACACCGGAAUUCCUCGCGCAGAUGUACCGCAAACAAGAAGCGAGAGGGAAAGACAACACUGGUGCUGACGACGGCGAUCUCGUAGACGUCUAUGAGGGGCCCAGUGGCGAGAGUCUCAGCGAAGAUUCAAGCGAAGGUGUGUCAUGACUGCGACUUAUUCAGUUCCUUCUCUUCUUGGAACUUCUUGGACUUGCUGGAGUGUUGUGUCUUGUUGCGAGCUCUCCUCUUCUCAUCCCCAUACAGGAGCCGGGGCUGGAGCUGGGAAGCCGGGGCUGUGAACGAUAUCGCCAUGUAUAUUACACUGUCCAUGCAUCUUCGGUAUAACGGGUCGCGUCGUGUGCUAUGUCAACCUGUAUCGGUCAAUAGCAAAGCGGCCCCUUGUGGUAGCUGAAUGGGACGUCCGUUUGUUUUCCUGGCAUAUCGUCACCGACCGUGCCCACGCCUCCUCAACCUCUCCUGACAAUGGCCAUGCCCAUCGCGGUCGCUGCCUCGUCAGGCGGAAUUUGUCAUGCAUCGGUGUGAAGCUGCAAAGCCCAAUCUAAAGACAUGAAUGCCAGAUUCCUGCUGUUAGUGGUAGUACGAAGCCAGUCUCACUGCCACCGCC